UGGAGAUGAUUUCCCGCCGAUGACUUCUCUGGUUGAUACCCGUUUGCAAAAUACUCUUUCUGAUCCCACCCCGGGCACCAAAAUCUCAAAAAAUCCGUAGAAAUGUCUAUUAGAUUUCGUCAUUUGAGGAAAAUUUUAAGAAUUUUACCGCAAAUUCGCUCAGGAAGUCAGUGUGAACAAUCCAGAGAAUAUUUGGACUUGUUAGCUUCAUCACCAAUUCGUUUGCUUCAUUCAUGUAAGAAUUUCAACACAGGAUUCUCAAACAGAGGAUAUUUUGCUCAUAGGUUUUCAACAGCAUCACUAGUAUCUCAAGAUUCUUCUCCUAUUGUUGAUGUACUUUCCCUCAUUGAAUCCACUUUUGAUGAGCUUCAAGGACCAUCUCAUCAUUGGUUGAAUAAAGAUGAAGGAAACAAAGAUUUCUUCAAGAGAGAAGGAACUUUUUUAGUUAUUGUGGGGCAGUUCCUUGAUAAUGCUCAAAUAUCAGGAUGUGAUCCUAGUUUUACGUUUGAGAAAGUAAAGUUGCUUCAGCAGAGGUUUCCUCAGCUCCAUGUUAUUGGUGUUCAGUCUGGUAGUCAGGCUUGCUUUGAUGCUGAUCACAGUAAAUUACUUCAAUGGAUAAUGAAGGACUUUCUUACUUUUCCCAUUUUAUCGUCAAACAAAAUCUCUGAGAUGAUAAAUGGGGCAUGCUGCAUUUUGUUCAAAGAUUUUCAGAAUCCUGUUAUUUACCAUGAGAAGGACCUGGAUGUUGGGAUCCUCAGCGAAGCAAUUGAGGUGUUAACCGCACAAGACAGUCAAAAUUCUAAGUCACGCAGUAUUUUUACCAAUAGGUGGUCAAAACAAGUUGAGGCCAUCAAGGAACCCCGAUUAUUUAUGCAGGACCUAUUUCUUUACUUUCCGGGCUGUGUCUCUGCUGAUGAAAAAGGGAAUCGUCUGUUCCUUUCUGACAGCAACCAUCAUCGGAUAAUUGUAUUUGACAACAAUGGGAAGAUUUUGGACUGUAUUGGCUCUUGCCCAGGUUUUGAGGAUGGAGAAUUUGAAUCUGCCAAGCUUCUGCGUCCUGCUGCUUCUUUUUAUCAUGAUACCGACGACUGCCUUUAUAUUGUAGAUUCUGAGAACCAUGCAAUUAGAAGAGCAGAUAUGGAGAGGCGAGUUUUGGAGACGCUCUAUCCAUCCUGUAGCAGUGACAAGAAAAAUAAUGGCUUAUGGUCCUGGAUCAUGGAUAAGCUGGGUGUUAGAAGGGAUGGUGACACAAAACCUAAAGAAUUUGACCUGCAAUCACUAAUUUUUCCUUGGCAUAUGCUGAAGUUGGAGAAUAAUAGUUUUCUAAUUAUCAACAAGAGCUUUGAGUAUUUGUGGAUCAUGGAUUUGAAUUCAGGAGAAAUAAAAGAAGCUGUUGAAGGAUUUCCAAAGAUUUGGGACAUCUGUGGGCAGUUGAUCAUGGAGAAAGUAUCCUUCUUGAAACAGAUACCAUGUGAUUGGUUGCAACAACUAAAUGAAGCUGCUUGCUCCCCGAGGGAGACUCCAUAUACUGGGCUGGUGUCUUCCUUUACAACUUUUCAAAAUCAAAUAAUCAUGUGUGACAUUGUUGGACAGAGGCUGUUGAAACUAAAUAGUGAGUCUGGAAUCUGUUCAAACAUGCAGUUUUCAAAUUUUGGGGUCCUUGGAUUGCCGUACUGGUUGCCUCUUCCUUUAGAAAGAGUUUGUUCUGAGGCUCAUGGAUUGAAAGGAACACAGCCUGAUCAUGUUCAAUGUUUCCGUUUGUUUCCAGGUAGGACAGAUAUACAGCUAAACAUAGACUUACCUGUAUAUACUGAGCUUGUAGAACCAAUACAAGAAGGCUGUAUAUGGUGCCAGGCAAGAGGAGCUGCUGCUGAAAUCUCAGGUGCAGAGCGCGCAAUUGGAUCUUUAGAGAAGGUUGGGGCUGCCCAACAAUGGUAUGAUGAUUUGGAUAAUCUUGCUUUUUCAACACCUGAAUCAGAAUUGACUAUUGAAGAUGCUGAUGUACCUUUAGACAUGAAAUCUGGAGAUGAGCAAGUUCAUAUUAAUUGUGCUGUAAAUACAAGUCCUGGAUCAAGCGAGGUUAUCAUUUAUGCAGCUUUGUAUUUAAAACUCGGAAAACAUCCAGAUUUACAAGAAGAAAACAAGGAUAAAUAUGCAGCGAGGAUAGCAGACAUUUUGAAGGCAGAUAGCAAGGGACGAAUGAGUCGAGAGUCAUGCAUUAAGUUAUUGUUAAGCACCAACAGAGAUUUGAGGGAUCUCAUCUUCGUCAAACAUCUUCAUGUCAGGAUAAAAUUGGAUUGUUUUGAUCAUCCAAAAGCAGAAAACUCAAAAGAUAUCAUCUUAACAGAUUCUUCUAUACAAGUCAAUGUAUCACUUCAAACAUAAAUUAUUUGCAAUAAUUGCAACAGCAAAUAUUGUAAUAUUCUUUAUAUUUUAUUAGUUUACACUGGUUGGAAGAAAUAAAUUCAACUGAAGUGCAAA